AUGGCAGCUGCAAUGACAGUAUCAAAUAAAUCUUCUCUUAUUAAUUCAUCACCAGUAAUUAAUUCAAUAGAAUCAUUUUCUCCAACUUCAUCAUCAACAACAACACUUUCACCUGAAUCAUCCAAUUCAAUAUCGUCACCAGAUAAAUCAUUUUUAUUAAAUGAACACCAACAACAGCAACAACAAUCGAUUCGUCUUGUUGAUUAUUUUGUGGUUUGUGGUCUAGAUAAAUAUCUUGAUGUUGAACCUUUAUCAGAAUUACCUGAUGAACAAGUUUUAAAUCCAUUUCAAUGUUCAUAUCGAUGUCGUGUAUUAUGUCAUUAUCCACAUGAAGUUCCAAAUAAUCUAUUUGAUGAAGAUGCAAUUAGUCGUUUAUCAAUGCCAGAUGGUGUUUCUAUUCGAUUGAAUUCUCCUGAUCCUCCAAGAACACAUCCUUUUUUAAUAACACGUCUUGAUGGAACACGUUAUUAUGGUGUUGCAUUAACAUUUUUCGAACAAAUAAAUAAUGAUGAUGAAAAUAAUUCGGGAUGUUCAUCAUCAACAACAGCAUUUAUUUCUUUAAUGCGUUUAAUUGAAAAUUAUAAUCGAACAUGUCGACAUCAACGUCGUUCAUCAUCAUUAAUUUAUGCAAGCAAAACAAUAUGUUUAAUUGGUCCACAAGCACAUUAUUCAACAUUUAAACGUAUUUUAGAACUUCUUUAUCGUAUGACAAUUGAACAUGAUUUAUUAGGUUUACCAUUUGAAGCUCAUUUAUAUAAUAUAUUACAUGAAUUACAUAUACCAUCUCCAUCAUUAUCACAUUCAGUUUUGAAAUUUAAUGUUGGUGAACGACAAUUAACUGUUUGGCAACCAAGUAUUCAUGAUGGUGAUUUACCAUUAUUAGAUUUUAAUUUGUUGGAUUUUUUUUCUUUAUUGGGUGUUGAAGGUGUUAUUGAUCUUGUUACAUGUGCUUUAUUAGAACAUCAGAUUAUUCUUAAAUCUUCAGGUAUUCAAUUUAUUAAAUUCUCUAUUGGAUAA